AUGGAGGAAGAUGAGCUUUGCUUUCCACAAUUUACCAACUUGUCGUGUAGAAAACUAAACCGUUCUCAACUUGAAAAAGUUUUGAUUUCCUUUAUAAUAUGCUUUAUUUCUGUGAUCACUGUGUCUCUCAACCUGCUGGUCAUCAUUUCCAUUUCUCACUUCAGGCAGCUUCACACCUCCACAAACCUGGUCCUCCUGUCUCUGGCUGUGUCUGACUUUUCUGUGGGAUUCCUAAUUCUAUUUCAGCUCAUGCUCAUAGAUGGAUGCUGGUAUCUAAAUGACUCAAUGUGUGUUUUAUACUAUAUUUUAGAUGUAGUAGUUACCUCUGCCUCAGUAGGAAACAUGGUACUCAUAUCAAUUGACCGCUAUGUGGCAAUAUGUGACCCUCUACACUAUUCUCUAAAAGUCACUCCAAAAAGAGUCUGUGUGUUUAUUUCAUUGUGUUGGAUCUGUUCUCUCAGUUAUGUCACCAUAGCACUAAGGACAAAUUUUAAACAGCCUGGAAUGUUUAAUUCCUGCUUUGGAGAGUGUGUGAUAAACUUUAGCUUUAAUGAACAAGUUGCAGAUCUUUUUGUAACCUUCAUUAUUCCCAUUACUGUCAUCGUAGUCUUGUAUGUGCGAGUGUUCCUGGUGGCUGCGGCUCAAGUUCAGGCCAUGCGCUCCCAUAUUGCAGCCAUCACACAUCAACAUUCAAGAAAAAUAACUGUUAAGGAGUCAGAGAUGAAAGCAGCCAAGAUUCUCGGGGUUGUUGUUGUUGCGUUUCUGACGUGUCUGUGUCCAUAUUUCUGGGUUACACUUGUAAGACAAGACACCCUACUAAAUACUUUGUCUUCUGCAUUUGUAAUAUGCCUGUUUUAUUUUAAUUCUUGUCUCAACCCUCUCAUCUAUGCUUUUUUCUACCCCUGGUUUAGGAACUCUAUAAAAUACAUUAUUUCACUUCAAAUACUGAAACCUGGAUCCUGUGAUGCCAAUAUACUUUGA